GCACUGGGGUGCGUAAUGAUGACGUUGCAAGCCUCCUUUGCAGUGCAGACCUAAGCUUAUUGCGCAAGUGUGUUAGGCGCUCCUGGCGCGCACGCGCUUUGGCUCCCUCAUUGUUCAAGGUUCGGCGACCGCCGAGGAGAGAGAGUGCCCUUCGGCCGUUCUGCGCAGGCGCUGCAAAGGGCCCUGUCCCCGAGGUUACGCUUUCGAGACACACCCCCUCCUAAAAGGAAUGACGUCAGCCAUGCCUCCGCCGCGGGGUGACGUGACCGUCUUAUUCCUGGGGCCUCCGGGCUCGGGAAAGUCUGCUGUGAUCGCAGCGCUGUGCGACAAGGAUGUGGAGACGGUAGAGAUCCCCGACGGCCGGCCGGAUUCCGGGCUCCCCAGCCUGAGAGCUGCAAGCCCAGGCCUCUUCCUGGGCGAGCUGAGCUGCCCACCCGCAGCGCCGGGGCCCUGGGCGGCGGAAGCCAACGUGCUGGUAUUGGUGCUGCCCGGCCCCGAGGGGAAUGAGGAACCCUUGGCCCCAGCGCUGGGGGAGGCAGCGCGGGCCGCCCUGGCCCGAGGGACACCCCUGCUGGCUGUGCGGAACCUUCGUCCCGAGGAGUCACAGCAUGUAGCCCAGGCUCGGGAUCAGACCGCAGCCUGGCUGGACAGCGCCGGGUUGGGCGCCGCGACUCUCUUUGUGCUACAGACCGACUGCCGCGGCAGCGACGGCUGCGAGGAGCUGGAGCGCCUGCGGGCGGCGCUGCGGAGCCAGGCGGAGGCGCUGCAGAGGCUCCUGCCACCGGCUCAGGAUGGCUUCGAGGUGCUGGGCGCUGCAGAGUUGGAGGCUGUGCGCGAGGCCUUCGAGACGGGUGGCCUGGAGGCGGCGCUGUCAUGGGUUCGGGCCGGCCUGGAGCGACUGGGCAGCGCGCGCCUGGACCUGGCCGUGGCCGGUAGGGCUGACGUGAGCCUUGUGCUGAACAUGCUACUCGGGUUAGAUCCUGACGACCCAGGUGCGGUGCCUGCUUCGGCGCCCGCGGAGCCCAUGCCCUACCCGGCCCCAGAGCGCCCCAAUGUGGUGCUCUGGACCGUGCCUCUGGGCUCCGCGGGCACUGCUGCCGCCCCCCACCCAACCCACUACGACGCUCUCAUCCUCGUCACCCCUGGGGCCCCCACUGAGAAGGACUGGGCCCAAGUCCGGCCCUUGGUGCUACCAGAUACGCCGCUGGUCUGCGUGCGAACAGACGGCGAGGGCGAGGAUCCGGAGUCCCUGGACGAAGAGGAAAAGAGCAGCGAGAGCUUAGAGAACGCAGGCGGAGGGGGGUUUAAGAAUGCACGCAGUGAGGGGAGGGAGAAACGUGGCCCUGGAUCGCAGAAAGCAGGCAGUGGGGAAGGUUCAGAGGACGCAGGCAGCGAGAGUUUGCAGCCGGUUGGCGUCGGCGUGAAGAAACCGGGCAGCGGGGACUCAGAGCGCGCGGCCGCACUGAGCCCAGAAGAUGAGACGUGGGAGGUGCUGGAGGAGGCGCCGCCGCCGGUGUUCCCGCUGCGGCCGGGCGGCCUCCCGGGGCUGUGCGAGUGGCUGCGGCGUGCGCUACCCCCGGCCCAGGCCGGGGCGCUGCUUCUGGCUCUGCCACCCGCGUCUCCCCGCGCGGCCCGGACCAAGGCUGCGGCGCUGCGGGCCGGGGCGUGGCGGCCGGCCCUGUUGGCUAGCCUGGCGGCGGCGGCGGCCCCGGUACCAGGGCUGGGCUGGGCCUGCGACGUGGCUCUCCUGCGAGGUCAGCUGGCCGAGUGGCGGCGGGCGCUGGGGCUCGAACCCGCGGCGCUGGCACGACGCGAGCGCGCGCUGGGCCUGGCGCCGGGGGAGCUGGCCGAGCGGACACGCUUCCCGGGUCCGGUGACGCGCGCCGAAGUGGAGGCGAGGCUGGGCUCGUGGGCGGGCGAGGGCACCGCCGGGGGCGCGGCGCUGGGCGCGCUCUCCUUCCUGUGGCCGGCGGGCGGCGCGGCGGCCACCGGGGGCCUGGGCUACCGCGCGGCGCACGGCGUCCUGCUGCAGGCGCUCGAUGAGAUGCGGGCCGACGCUGAAGCAGUGCUGGCACCGCAGGUGCCCGCGCAGUGAGGGGUGGGUUGAGGGCCGGGGCUUCCGGGGUGCCCCGUGUCCCGGCUGCUCGGCUUGGUCAGGGGUUGAGGACUGCAAGUUGCCGUAAGAGGGAGAGGGCGUGGUGAUCCAGACUCUGGCAUGCUAGUAUGGGAUGUCUGGGCUUGUGAGGUCACAGAGCGGGGGG